AUGAACAGACCACAACAAACCUACAAUAUCCCGAGCCCUUGGCCAGAGCAACCUUGGUCUGGUGAUUUUUGGUGUAAGUCCGUCCUUUUUCCAGCGUUGCAAUACUCUGAGGGUGACCAGGCUGGUAAGAAAGAAUUGCUGAGGGCCACCGACUACAACGGGAAGCUCUGGCCUUCACAUCAAAAUCACGGCAUUACCAUGCUCUUGAUUUUCUUGAGGGACUCCCAGCUACUUUUUAACCACAUUUGGGCUGGACCAGAGAAGUUACUUGCCUGGCUUGUCACUGUGAGACCAGUCAAUAGUUUAUGGGUGAUGCUAGCCAUGCUAGCCUAA